CCUAUAUCAUCAGUAGUUGACCACACGUCGGGCAAGACAGACACGUCUCUGUCAUUCAUACAUAAAAAGUGAUGAGCUAAUCCAAAAUGUUAGGCUCAAAAAUAAUUUCAGUGGUGCUUUUGUUAGGUUUAGAAACUGUGUUGUGUCGAGUUGAUGUGCCGCCUGCAAAGCUUGAAGCCAUCUACCCUAAAGGACUUAGGGUUUCUAUACCAGACAAUGGCUUCUCACUCUUCGCUUUCCACGGGAAGCUCAACGAAGAAAUGGACGGUCUGGAAGCUGGCUUCUGGUCCCGGGACAUCACCAAGGUGAAGGACGGUCGGUGGACCUUCAGGGACAGGAACGCCGAGCUGAAGAUAGGGGACAAGGUCUACUUCUGGACGUACGUCAUCAAAGAUGGCCUAGGAUACAGACAGGAUAAUGGAGAAUGGACUGUCACAGGUUACGUCGACGAGCAAGGAAAUCCUGUAGACGCUACCAGGUCACCUGCACCUAACUCUGGCCCACAGAACCCAAAUUCUGGGUCCAUUCCUUCAUCAACAGCACCAACCUUGAGUGGGAAUCUUCCUUGCGAAGUCUCAUUGUCCAAGGUCUCCGUACCAGGGUUUGUGUGUAAGGGCCAGCUGAUCUUUGAAGACAACUUCAACGGGCCUCUCAGUAAAGGGAAAAUUUGGACGGAAGAGAUCUUGUUCCCAGGUGAACCGGACUACCCAUUCAACGUAUAUCUCAACGACAGAAACUUGCGAGUGAGAGACGGCAAGCUGAUGAUCAAGCCUGUCACUCUUGAAUCCAAGUUUGGGGAAGACUACAUCCGACAAUCCUUGGACCUGACCACAAGAUGUACCGGCGCCGUCGGCACGCAAGAGUGCGUCCAAGAGGCUUCCGGGCCCUUCAUCCUGCGGCCCAUCAUCACCGCGAAAGUCACCACCAGGAACAAGUUCAGCUUCAAGUACGGCCGAGUGGAGGUUCGCGCCAAGAUGCCCGUGGGAGACUGGCUGGUGCCAAUCAUUCAACUGGAGCCCCUGGCCCAAGUGUAUGGAGUCAAGAACUACGCGUCGGGCAUCCUCCGCAUAGCCUGCGCUAAGGGCAACCCUGAGUACUCCAGGAAGCUCGUCGGUGGACCCAUCAUGUGUGGCAAUGAGCCUUACAGGAGUACUCACCUGAAGGAGAAGGUCGGCUACGAGCAAUGGGCUAAAGAUUUCCACAACUACACCCUUGAAUGGAGACCCGACGGUAUCUCUCUCCUGGUGGACGGUGAGAAGUAUGGCGAGGUUACUCCCGGAGCCGGGUUCUUCGAAGAUGCCAAGAAGCAUGACGUAGCGGCCGCCUCGCAGUGGCUGAAGGGUACAGCCAUGGCACCUUUUGAUGAAAUGUUCUACAUCUCAAUUGGUCUCAACGUGGGUGGUUUGAACGAGUUCCCCGACGGUGACUCCAAGCCGUGGUACGACAAGUCUUCCAAAGCCAUGCUGAGGUUCUGGGAAGCCCGCGAGCAGUGGUUCGGCACCUGGUUCCCGGACACCAACCAACUCCAAGUGGAGUAUGUUAAAGUCUACGCGCUGUAAAGAUGCUUGCAUCGCUACUCGAACGAACUGUAUGAACUGAAUAAAUAGUUAAGUUACCUACAUAACUAAUUACAUAGUUUUAAUUAAAAAAA